GCUUCAUCCCAAUGGCAUCUUCGAUGAUGGAUGGACAUGAUUGGUUAGAAAUGCGUUUUUGCAUGUGCAGUAUAUAUUGAGCUCGACCCGCUUGUUAUUGUUAACAGAGGUUUCUGAUUAGCAGAUCACAUAAGUGGAUUACCUCAAUAAAAAGGGAUAACUCAUCUGUUAAGCAAACCCAAUUUAAGAAUCAAGGCUAAUUUGAAUACAUUUUAAUCAUCUUUAUGAAAUUACCGACCGCAAGGUACAGUACACUUGGAGUUAUUUUUCCGUGCUCGUGUGAACACGUAGGAAGCGAGCAGCACCUGUCUAAUAGCCAUGAUGCGAAGAUUCUGCGAUGGCGCUACAAGAAUGCCCUAUAUAUUUUGUGCACCGGUAUAUAUUUUCAGCGAUAACUCGGCAUAUUCAUUUAGUGUACCUUAACCAGUUAGUAAUGCAUUAAACCGACAUCAUUACUGGAAUAACCAGAAUGCAACAGCUUGUAUAAACCGACCCAAUCUCAGCAGUGAAAGGGGAUCACAUUUUCAUUCCUCACUCAGGUGUCGUUUUUCACAACCUGGCGUCACUUCCCUAUCGUAAUGUGAAACUCGCUCACAGAAAUUGGUCGGAGGUUCCUUUAAGAAAAAGGGGAGUAGAGACAAAACAACAUUCAAAAGUUUUCCUGCAGCGGCGCGCAGAUUUUUUUUCCAACUUUGUGGAAAUAACGCCUAAAUGCCAUGCGUCUAGUACAUAAAAGCUAAAAAUGGUAAUGGAUCAAUGCAAGUAAGGCAAAGGAAACCAGUGGAUUUGAAGAGCGAUUAGUAAACGCUAGACGCCGGUCGCCUUCUGUAAUGCGCCCGCUCGCCGCCCCAGCUGUAUUUUUUUUGUGCGGGACGUACUGACGUCUGUGUUGAAAAAUACACAUCCAGCACAAAAUAGGCCAAGGUUUGCACAAUGAAAAUGCAACGACGCUUGGACUUCUGCGGUGCUGAGGAAAUACACUUGGAGAGUGAAAAGUGAACUAACCGUAAAAAAGAAGAAAAGAUGGGUCAGUGCUUGGGAUCCGAGUUGACAGAAGAAGAGAAGACAGCGAAGAACCACAGCGCUAAAAUAGACCGCGACCUUUAUGAAUAUGCCAAGCAAGAGCUCAAUAUUGUGAAGAUACUGAUGCUGGGUGCAGCAGAGAGUGGAAAGAGCACACUGGUGAAACAGAUGAAAAUCAUUCAUAGUCAUGGUUUCACAAAGCAGGAACUCAUCAGCUUUAAGCCUGCUGUUUUGGACAAUCUGCUCACCUCCAUGAAGUUCGUCUUGCAUGGAAUGGGAGUUCUUAGGGUUAAUCUUACCAACAAAAAGAAUAAGGUCCAUGCACAUACUAUUCUUUCAUGUGGCAGAUGUGUUGAUGAGGACCAGAUGCUGUUUCCAUUUAUAGCACAUGCCCUUUGUUGCCUAUGGGCCGACUCAGGGAUUCGGUUGGCAGCAUCUCGAGGCUAUGAGUAUGAGCUGAAUGACUCUGCACUUUACUUUUUUGAUAAUAUGAGUCGGAUCAUAGCCCCAGAAUACAUGCCAACUGAAACAGAUGUACUCAGAGUUCGCCUUCGGACCACUGGUGUUAUUGAGACUCAGUUCAAAGUAAAUCAUCUUGCCUUCAGGAUGUAUGAUGUUGGAGGACAGAGAACAGAGCGGCGGAAAUGGAUUAGCUGCUUUGAGGAUGUACGAGCAGUUCUGUUCGUAGUGGCACUCAGUGGCUAUGACAUGACUCUGAUGGAAGACCCUGCUAUGAAUCGUCUUCAGGAAAGCUUGAAGUUGUUUGCCUCGAUUUGCAAUAAUGUUUUUUUCAAGAGUACCUCAAUGAUUUUGUUUCUAAAUAAAAUCGAUCUAUUCCAAGAGAAGAUUUUGCACUCUGGGAGACAUUUGAGGCUGUACUUACCACAAUUUAGAGGUGCUGACUGUGAUGUGGAUGCAGCCGCUCGAUACAUUGCUGGAUUGUUCUUGUCACUCAAUAAAACUCCGAGCAAGCUGAUAUACCACCAUUUCACCACUGCAACUGACACCUCCAACGUGCAAAUUGUCUUCCAAGUCGUUAUGGACACUAUCAUAAAGGAAAAUUUAGAAGCUGUUUCAUUGCUUUAAUUAAGUGAUGAGAAACCUAAGUGCCUGGAAAUGAUUGCACUAAAUGGCUGAUAAAUGCCACCAUGAAGAAUGCUAAAACUGAAGUAAAAGAUUGCAGCUAUGUUGAAGGGAGUGUUUUAUUCUUCACUCUUAAAAAUGAAGUGAAGUAUUUUUUUUGAUAUUGUCUGAUGAAAAUGAUAUAAUCAGAAAGCAUCUGCGUUGUUUUGUUGUUUAAAACAAAGUGUUUAAGAUGAAAGAUGCCUGAAAAUGUUUCCAUUUUUCAUUGUUCUGAUUUUCAAAAGUCGUUUUUGUAGACUUGUAUUUCUAUCAUCUAUCAUCAUCAUUCAGAUGACGGGGAGCGAAGGAGGAGAUGUGUCUGAACAUACAAAAGCAAGUGAGCUGCUUGGUGCUUACUCAGGUAACAAUUUAAAAGACACACAGAUUAUUUGCAAAGCUGAAGCCACAAACAAAUCAUACCAUUUUAAUCUUAUAUCUUCAAUCUCAGAAGAAUUUCAUAGCUGUUAGAAAUCUGUGGUCCUAAUUGUAUUCUUUCUAUGCAGCCCUGCUUGGGGUAACGGACUUCCUCAUCUAGAAUAUUUUGUUAAAUAAUUUACAGUUUUAUAAACUCUACGUAAACAUAACUACAAAACAAAAUGAUAUAAUUAUCUCCCUUAUUCUGAUCAUCUGAUAAUAUGUUUUGACAUUGCUGAAUAUUUUGUUUAGAAGAUGGUUUCUAUUAAAUGAUUUAAUAGGCAGUGACAACUCUGACAGCUGGGGUUAAUGAAAACAAAUGACAAAAUAAGCAUUUGGGGGCUGCUUUAGUUUGCUUUCAAGUUAGAACUUAGCCCCUGUACAUUUGCCAUUUUCAGUCUUUGGUUAACUGAGUAACAAAUGGAUUCUGAUUUAAUAACAUUUUUUGGAUAACUCACCUUUGAGUUGAGACCUUUAAGUAAGGCUCUUAUUUGUCCACUUUUUCUGCCCGAUAUCCAAAAUUUUGAUAGUGACAAUUAACUGUUCAAAUAUUUAUUUUCUUAUCAGCAUAUGUGUAGAAGAUUCAGAGCCAAGGCAGUAGUAUCUUCCAAAUCUGUAAUCUGACCCAGAAUUUUCCUUUAUUAUGAGUACAUCAUACAUCUCCGAAGUAUAUUAAACCAAAGAAAGUUUGCUUUAUAAACCAGACAUAAAUUAUACUGACCUAUGCAACUGUGAUAGUUUGUUAAAAACUCAAGGAUUGGGAAGGACUGUGAGUAUUACGUACAGUAUGUAUAUGAAACACUGUAUAUUCACUGUAAAUUUCAUAUGUCUAUAAUGUCUUUAUUUUUUUUAAUUAUGACCAAGAAUCACUUGUAUGUUUGAGUUGAUUGUGUUAAGCUUGACUGUGGCAUUUAACUUAAGACAAAGAAAGUGAACUUAAUAUGUUACUUUUCUGUGAAGUGCCUUCAAGAAACAGCUAGCAUUGACACUGAAAUUGUAUUUACAUUAUUUAAAUGUGUCCAUGUGUUUGUUUGUUUGUUUGUUUAAACACUAACUCUUAAUGUGCAAAUAAUUUAAUGACUAUUGUAAAUGAACUUGAUUGUGAGUAUCUUGUUAAAAAAAGUUAUUUCUAUAUAUUUUUUGCCAUGUAUAAUAUGUAUGUAAAAUAUUUCUUUGACUUACCAAAACGUUGAUUUGCUAGUUGUUUUCUCUCUCCUUUUAAUAUAGCACCUUUGAUGCAGAUAUUUAAUAGCAGAGUUGGAACAAUUUGAAAUGUGUUGAUGAUGAAGUUCCUUGAAGAAUCCUGGAUUUGGGGAGGUUCUGGUUGCUUACUGUAUCUGUUUGUCUUUCCCUGAAGGUCCAUUUCGCACUGUUCGGGUUCAUCUGCUGCCUGAAGAAUUUGACUCCCUUUCAUUAACUAGGCUGUGAUUAUUGAAACAUACUCAUACCUCAGUUGCAAACCACAGACACAUAUCGUUUCUUGAAAGUGUAUCUCACAAACAAAGUGUUAGCCACGUGAGGAGAGCAGGAGAAAUGGAUGGAUUAUACUGUAUCUUGAAAUUAAUUUAGAACUCAGAGUUUGAUAGAAUCAUGAUGUAAAUGCAAGUGUUUUAUGCAUAACUGUGAUUACCUAUAGCCUCCAUACAGUAUAUCCAUGUUGGGGUGUAGACAAGGAACAAAGUAGACAUCAGUGUGAGGGUGAUGGUGAUGAAUGCUCUACGCUAUAAAUAAAAUAAGCAUUCAUCUUCCCAAAGCAUAGAGAAAAGAGACAUCAUCUCCUCAGCUGGAUUAGACUUGGGCAGCCUUAUAGAGUCCAGGAAUUGAAACUUCAACCAUUGUGGUAAGAAAAGUGCUUUCUGCAUCAAAGGACACACACCCUGAACUGGCCAGUGUGCAAUGGCCGAUUAACCAAACCCAAAUGUGUUUGUAAUGUGCAGAAUCUACAAAGAUAGAGACCAUAGUUCAGACUCUGGACUUUGGUAUUUAAGGCUGUAGCACCAAUUACCCAUUACAGGUGGAACUGCUUAAAUAUUUGAAUCAGAAUAAAACCGGUUUCUUUUUAAAUAAAUUCAUGAGAGCCCUUUUCCCUUUGCUAUAUUUUUAUAGGGAAAUUAAAUUAUAAUCUGAGAGCAAGACAGAAUUAACUUUUGUCAAACAUUGACCAACAGCCCAUCCCCCAGAUUUACACACAGUGUGUACUGCACUUAUGUGGUCCAGUGGUCAGGAUGCCAGAGUUAGAACUUUUUUCUGUAUUUUUCCAUUUUACACUGAUUUCAGUAAGACUUCUCUGAAGACUACGUGAGUGUACUGAAAAGGAUAUAUCCAAGACCAAGUAGGUUUUAGGAAAGGCUGAGGCUGUGAUUAUCAGAUUUUUAUCAUAUUUACUCAACAGGGUACUUGAAAUGGCACUGAAUCGACAGUAACUAGUGUGCAUGUUUUUCAUGAAUCUGAAGGCAGCUUAUGACGCUGCUGAUAGACCAAAAACAUGGGAGAUUCUUCAAGAAUUCAAAGUACCCUAAGAGGUCCAGAGAACUGCUAUGGUCCUGGUUAAGCACACACUCAUUCAGCAGGAAAAAGUUAAAGACCAAGUAACCGACAAGUCUGACAUCAAGACUGGCUUAAGACAGCAUCGCGUCCCAUCUCCUUCAUUGUUCAACCCCUUCAUAGAUUCAGUAAAAGAUAAGCAAUCAGAGACCACAACACUGACAAUCACGGCAUCAGAACUGAAUACCGACUACAUAGAGGUAACCUAACAGAAAGAACUGAAGCUGCCCUAAACCUUCUCUUUGCUGCAAGUGUCUGGGGCAACCAAUGACUGAGUUUUAGAAUGAUAUGCAAGAAGGGAGGCAAAAUGGAUCCUGGUGAUUCUAGGCCGGUAAGUCUAAUUUCUAUACCAGGCCAAAUUCUGGAAACUUUAAUAAGAAAUAAAUUAGAAAAGUAACUAAAUGAAAAUCCACCUUAAUUAAUGACCAAGUGUAUUUGUGUGUAUAUACAGUAUCUGUGUGUCCAUUCAGUUGCUAUGUCUCUGUUAUAUGCCUUUUGGUAUGGAGUGCGUUAAAGAAUUACUGUUUGUGAUGUCCCAUCUGUUACAGUGAAAAAUGCAAGGCAUUGUAUUACUACAUGCAUUACAAAGUGCAUUCCAAUAGAUGAUGAACUGUAAAUGUUAACAAUGAAUAAUUCAAUAGAGAGUAAUCUACCAAAUGGACAGAGAUCAGAAAAGUACCUAAAUAAAAAUCCACUUUCAUAAAA